AUGCACCCCCAUAACAGCGAUGAGCUUCCAGCGAAGAUCAACGUACUCACCCUCAACUGCUGGGGUUUGAAAUAUAUUUCUGAAUACCGCCGCGAGCGCCUCAUUGAAAUUGGGAAGCGUAUAGCGCUCUCCGAAAACACCCCACAUAUUGUCGGUCUACAAGAAUGCUGGAGUCGGGAGGACUACCACAAUAUCCGGAGAGAGACUCGGGAGAUCCUCCCAUACGGCAAGUUUUAUUUUAGUGGGAUAUUUGGCGGUGGUUUAGCUAUUCUCUCAAAAUGGCCUAUCGAAGAAAGUACCAUGCACGCAUAUCCGUUGAAUGGUCGUCCAAGUGCAAUCUUCAGGGGUGAUUGGUAUGUUGGAAAAGGGGUCGCAUGUGCGAGGAUCCGUAUUGGACCUGCGGCUGCUGAUAUUGUGGAUGUCUUCUGUACACAUCUCCAUGCCCCCUAUGAAAGGGAGCCGCGUGAUUCAUAUAUCUGCCACAGAACUGCGCAAGCCUGGGAGAUUGCCAAAUUAAUGAAAGCCGCUGCUGAAAAGGGGCACUUGGUCGUCGGCCUUGGAGAUUUUAACAUGCUUCCACAAUCUUUUGCGCAUCGACUCAUUACUUCACAUGCACCAGUCAAGGACGUUUGGGGCCAUCUCCACCCAGACUCAUCGAUCGGCGCGGCGAUAGACUCUGCCGAAAUGAGCCGGAAGAAACCUGUCCCAUCCGCUGAUUUCAACAUUUCCGAAAAUGGGGCUACAUGCGAUAGCAUCCUGAAUACGUGGCGCUGGAGCAAAUCGCAGCAGAAACGCCUCAAGCGCGAAGGCCCCAUGCCAGUUGAUGGCCAACGCCCUGAUCCUCUCGCGAAACGCCUAGACUACAUAUUCGUCGGAGACGGCUCAUUCAGCAAUUUUUCCUCGCUGAGGAAAUGGGACAUUGAGUCUGCCCGGGUAUGCAUGCUGGAACGGCACCCACACCUCCACUGCUCAUUAAGUGACCAUUUCGGCGUUGAAGCCACAAUCAAACUGGAUAUAGCCAAGGAAGCCGACGACGGCGAUGAAGGCCCGUCUUCCUUCCUCCCCAUUCAAAAGCAUGUCGAAUCCAGUCUCUCCAGGUCCCCUGCAGGCGAAGCCGACCUUAUUACUGCUGAAAACGCUGAAAACUCGAGCCCGCCGUCGCAAGCGAAUGCCGCUGUAGCACGCCAACAACAGCAAGCAACGCUCACGGCAGAUACCUACGACCAGAUCCUUUACAUGAUAUCCGACUACUCCGCUCGAGAGCGAUUCCACCGCCGUCUACGCUUUUUCUUCUUUUUCUUCUCCUUUCUCGUCUUCCUUGGCUGUAUGAUUGGUGUAUGGUUUGCUGCUCGAGCGUUUAUCGUGUUCAUUCUCCUGAUUCUUGGCUCCUUUUUCCUGCUUUGUGGACAGAUGAUUUUGUGA